ACGUUUCAACCACUUCAUCGUUCUUCCAACUUCCAAGAGAAACCAAAGCAAAAAAAAAAACAUUAUGAGAGAAAAACAUUAAGAGAGAAAAUAACCAAAAAAAAAGAAAAUAAAUAAAAAAUAAAGAAGCAAUCCAUCUUGCAAAUCUCAUGAAUUGUGGAGUCGUCUUAGGUUUCUACUGUUGGGGUUGGGAGUUCUUAACUUCCCUUCUUCUUUUCUCAGUUUUUUCACCUUCUUAUUAAUAAUAUAAUUCUUUUCUUAGUACCUUUUAAUAAAAAUCCAUACAAAAUAUAUUAUUUUUCGACCAUUUUUUAUAAUAAGUGUUUAUAUAUAAAUAUAUUUAAUAGAAGGUUUUUUAUUAUUAAGUUUGGAUAUAAUUAUGGAACGUGUGUGUGAAAAGGGUGGUGGGUUGUUAGAAUAUGAAAUUGUAAGAAAACAGAAUUCGGCACCCUUUUUGUUGAAGACGUAUAUGCUUGUGGAUGAUCCCGAAACCGACCCGAUGAUCUCGUGGAACGAAGGCGGAACCGCCUUCGUCGUGUGGCAGCCGGCGGAGUUUUCCCGGGAUUUGCUUCCUACACUCUUUAAGCAUUGCAACUUCUCUAGCUUUGUUAGACAACUCAAUACUUACGGGUUUAGGAAAGUGGCAACAAGCCGAUGGGAAUUCAGCAACAACAUGUUCCAACAAGGCAAACGAGAAUUACUUGGCCGAAUUCGACGACGUAAAGCCUGGACUCACCGUCAACAACCACUGACCGCGGUGGCACCGCCGACACUCAAACAAACGAGCUCAGAACCUCCAACAAGCAAUCAAGACGAAGAUCAAAGAUCCUCGUCUUCAUCAUCAUCUUCUGAGUUCAAUAAUUUGGUGCACGAAAACAAGAGACUGAAAGAGGAAAAUGGUGUGCUAAGUUCAGAACUCACAACCAUGAAGAACAAGUGCAAGGAACUCUUCGACUUAGUUGCAAUCUACGCAAACCGAAAGGAAAACUGCCACAACAACAACGACGACAAUGAUGAUAAUGAUGAUAAAUGCGAAAGACAGCUGAAAUUGUUCGGGGUAAAAUUAGAAGUUCAAGGACAAAGGGAGACGAAGAGGAAGAGAUCGGAAGAGGUUUAUGAUACAGCUAGAAUUUUAUUAUCUCAGUCGUGCAAGUAAUUCUUUACAUGGCUGAUGGCUGAUAACCGAUAGCUAAUGGCUGAUAGCCAAUUGCUGGUGGUUGAUAACUGAUAUCUGGUGGUUAAUGGCUAUAGCCUAUAGGUAUCGAUACAAGUACAUUAGAAAGAUAUGUUAUUAAUGAUAGAACUUUCUCUUGAAAAAAACAGUUCAACCAAAGAAAGAUUGAACUUGUAAUAGUUUAAGAAUGUGAUUUAGAAAUUAUAUAUGAAUAAAGGACAAUUAGUUGGUUUUAGUCUUUCUUUGAGUCAAAGAAAGAUGUGAACCAAUGUAUACUUCAUAUCAUAUAUGGAAGGUAAAGGGCACUUGUUCCACACAUUGAAGAAGCUAAGUAAACCUUUUUCAAAUGUGUGACGGUAAAUAAGAAUUAUAACUCUUUUAGUUU